AAUCUGUCUGUAAGUACCCCACCACCGACACCAUUGCCACCCCAUACAUGCCCCACACCCACAGAUCUCUAUCAACGGAGAGAGAGAUUCUGCUUACAUUCUCAGCAUCUUCUGCUAUACACUGUUUCGCCACUGAUCUUCCCCAGGUCCUAGGGCUGUUUUUCACGCUCGGGUGUUGACCAGAUUUUUUUGGUUCUGCAGACCAACCAAAAACGACGAAAGUCUCUCGCCGGAUACUCGGUUAAUCCAAACAUUUCCACAAAAGCUUACCUUAGCGUUCUCCUUUAUUUCGGAGUUUCGACUUAAGCAACAACAAUGGCCGGUUACGAUCCAAAUGAUCCGGAUAUGGAGUUUCUGUGUCUGCCUAGGAACAAGCUGUUGGAGCUGACCACCAGGGCAUUUGACGGCAAGAAGAACUGCUGGGUGCCAGAUACCAAGGAAGGUUUCUUGUCCGCAGAAAUCCAGAGUACCAAAGGUGAUGAAGUCACUGUCAAAUGUGACGCUAAUUCUGAGAUGAGAACAAUCAAGAAAGAUGACAUCUCUCAGAUGAACCCUCCCAAGUUUGAAAUGAACAUGGACAUGGCUAACUUAACCUUUCUUAAUGAAGCCUCCAUUCUGCAUAACUUGAGGUCGCGUUACCAAUCUGGUUUCAUCUACACCUAUUCAGGUCUCUUCUGUGUGGCUAUCAACCCCUACAGACGUCUCCCCAUUUAUGGUCAAAACCUUGUUGACAAGUACAGGGGCAAAAGGAAAGCUGAAAUGCCUCCCCAUUUGUUCUCCGUUGCUGACAAUGCCUACCAGUACAUGUUGCAAGAUCGUGAAAACCAGUCCAUGUUGAUCACUGGAGAAUCUGGGGCAGGCAAAACUGAGAGUACCAAGAAAGUGAUAAUGUAUUUUGCCGAAGUUGCUGCCACACAGGAUAGAAAACGAGAGAAGGCUGACGGCACACGAGCUGGUUCUCUUGAGGACCAGAUCAUCCAAGCUAACCCGGUAUUAGAGGCAUAUGGCAAUGCCAAAACUGUCCGUAAUAACAACUCGUCCAGAUUUGGUAAAUUCAUCCGUAUCCAUUUCGGAACCCAGGGUAAAAUUGCUGGUGCUGACAUUGAGACUUACCUUUUGGAAAAAUCUCGUGUCACCUUCCAACAAACUGUUGAGAGGAACUACCAUAUUUUCUAUCAGCUCCUUACACCUACCUUCCCAGAUGUCAUUGAAAAGAUGUUGUGUGCCCAAGACCCCGGUCUUUACAGUUUCAUCAACCAGGGUACUCUCACUGUUGAUGGUAUUGAUGAUGAUGCUGAAAUGAUGCUCACUGAUACUGCCUUUGAUGUGUUGGGCUUCACUGAUGAAGAGAAAAUGUCCAUGUACAAGUGUACUGGUUGUAUUCUCCACUUGGGUGAGAUGAAAUUUAAACAAAGAGGUGAACAGGCUGAAGCUGAUGGAACCGCUGAGGCUGAAAAGGUUGCUUUCUUGUUGGGUGUCAACGCUGGUGACUUGCUGAAAUGCUUGCUUAAACCCAAGAUCAAGGUCGGCACAGAAUACGUCACACAGGGCCGUAACAAGAACCAGGUUAUGAACUCCAUCUCUGCCUUGGCCAAGUCCUUGUAUGAUCGUAUGUUCAACUGGCUGGUAAAACGUGUCAACCACACACUGGAUACCAAAACAAAGAGACAGUUCUUCAUUGGUGUACUGGAUAUUGCCGGUUUUGAGAUCUUUGACUUCAACAGCUUUGAACAGUUGUGUAUUAACUACACCAACGAAAGACUUCAACAAUUCUUCAACCAUCACAUGUUCGUACUGGAACAGGAAGAAUACAAGAAAGAAGGAAUUGUCUGGGAAUUUAUUGAUUUUGGUCUUGAUCUGCAGGCCUGUAUUGAUCUCAUUGAAAAGCCUAUGGGUAUCUUGUCCAUUCUUGAGGAAGAGUGCAUGUUCCCCAAAGCCAGUGAUACCACCUUCAAGAACAAACUGUAUGAUAACCAUCUUGGCAAGAACCCAAUGUUUGGCAAACCCAAACCACCCAAACCUGGUCAAAUGGAAGCCCACUUUGCUCUUCACCAUUAUGCUGGCAGUGUGUCUUACAACAUUGAAGGUUGGUUGGACAAAAACAAGGAUCCAAUCAAUGAAAACGUCGUUGAUUUGCUCCAGAACUCCAAGGAACACGUCGUGAAAGUGCUGUUUACACCACCUGAGGGUGAGUUUCAAGCCACUUUUCGUACCCACUAGCCUUCACCCAGUCCAGGAAUCAAAACCACAACCUUGCAACCAUAAUCCUAGGUACACUAUGAGUCCCUUAACAAACUGAUGACUCACCUGAGGUCCACAAACCCUCAUUUUGUUCGAUGUAUUGUCCCUAAUGAAAAGAAAGCACCAGGUCUCAUUGAUGCUGCUUUGGUACUUCACCAGCUCCGUUGUAACGGUGUAUUGGAAGGAAUCCGUAUUUGCCGUAAAGGAUUCCCUAACAGGAUCAUCUACUCUGAGUUCAAACAACGUUACUCCAUUUUGGCUCCCAAUGCUGUCCCAUCUGGUUUUGCUGACGGUAAACUUGUCACUGAGAAAGUCUUGUUGGCUCUCCAACUUGACCAAAAUGAAUAUCGUCUUGGUACCACCAAAGUCUUCUUCAAGGCUGGUGUGUUGGGUAUGCUUGAAGACAUGCGUGACGAGCGCUUGUCCAAAAUCAUCUCCAUGUUCCAAGCCCACAUCCGUGGUUAUCUCAUGAGAAAGGCCUACAAGAAACUGCAGGACCAGAGAAUCGGCUUAACAUUAAUCCAGCGUAACAUCCGUAAGUGGUUGGUGUUGAGAAACUGGGAAUGGUGGCGUCUUUUCAACAAGGUCAAGCCACUCUUGAACAUCGCCCGUCAAGAGGACGAGAUGAAGAAACAACAGGAAGACUUCGCCAAAAUGAAGGAAGAGUUUUCCCGUUGCGAGCAGACCCGCAAAGAACUCGAGGAACAGAACGUCACAUUGUUGCAGCAGAAGAACGAUUUGGCUAUUGCCAUGUCCACAGCUGAUGACCAGAUCUCUGAGGCUGAAGAUAAGAUCGAACAACUGAUCAAACAGAAGUCCGAAUUCGAAAGUCAACUGAAGGAAAUGGAAGACAAGCUGAUGGAUGAAGAGGAUGCCAAUGCUGAUGUGGCGAAUGCCAAGAAGAAGAUUGAAGCCGAGAACGCCGAACUCAAGAAGGAUGUUGAAGAUUUGGAAUCUUCCCUUGCCAAGUCUGAACAAGAGAAGACCACCAAAGACAACCAGAUCAAAACACUCCAAGAUGAGAUGGCUCAACAAGAUGAACACAUCUCCAAAUUGAGCAAGGAGAAGAAGAACUUGGAUGAACUGCAGAAGAAGACCUUGGAAGACUUACAGGCUGAGGAAGACAAAGUGAACCACCUGAGCAAACUGAAGACCAAGUUGGAACAGACUCUUGAUGAGCUUGAGGACAACCUUGAACGUGAGAAGAAAAUCCGUGGUGAUGUUGAGAAAUCUAAACGCAAGGUUGAACAGGACCUGAAGAGCACACAAGAAACUGUUGAAGAUCUUGAGAGAAUCAAGAGGGACCUUGAGGAUGGCAUGAGAAAGAAGGACAUGGAAAUCAAUGGUCUGAACUCCAAACUUGAAGAUGAGCAGAGUCUUGUUGCUCAACUCCAGAAGAAGAUCAAGGAACUCCAGGCUAGAAUUGAAGAACUUGAAGAAGAAUUGGAAGCUGAACGUCAAGCUAGAGCCAAGGCUGAAAAACAACGAACUGAACUCAACCGUGAACUUGAAGAAGUAGGUGAGCGUCUUGAUGAAGCCGGUGGUGCCACUGCUGCUCAGAUGGAACUCAACAAGAAACGCGAACAAGAGCUCCUGCGCUUGCGUCGUGAUCUUGAAGAAAGCUCCAUGCAACAUGAAGCCCAAAUCGCCACACUCCGCAAGAAGAACACUGAGGCAACGAAUGAACUUUCUGAUCAAAUCGACCAACUCCAGAAGGUUAAGAGCCGCCUUGAAAAGGAGAAAUCACAGCUUCGUGGUGAGGUUGAUGACCUCCAGGGUCAACUUGAGCAUGUUGGCAAAAACCGGGGAUGUUCUGAUAAGAUGAGCAAACAAAUGGAAGCCCAGCUUUCUGAACUCAACAGCAAGAUUGAUGAACAAGCCCGCAGCGUAAGUGAACUCACAUCGCAGAAGUCCAGGCUGCAAGGAGAGAACGCUGAUCUGACCAGGCAACUGGAAGAGGCUGAACACAACGUUGGUCAAUUGACAAAACUGAAGAACAACCUCAAUCACCAGCUUGAAGAAGCCAAACGCACUGCUGAAGAUGAAGGAAGGCUCCGUGUCAAAUUACAAGCUGAAGUCCGAAACCUCAACGCUGAUAUCGAUGGUAUUCGUGAAACCCUUGAAGAAGAACAAGAAUCCAAAUCUGAUCUUCAGAGAGCCCUGUCCCGCGCUAAUGCUGAAGUACAACAAUGGAGGUCCAAGUUCGAGAGUGAGGGUACUGCCCGUGCUGAUGAACUUGAGGAUGCUAAACGCAAACUCCAGGCCAAAUUGAGCGAAGCUGAACAACUGAUCGAUUCCUUACAGAGCAAAUCUGCUGCAUUGGAGAAAGCCAAAUCUCGUUUGCAGGGAGAACUUGAAGAUAUGAUGAUUGAUGUUGAAAGGUCCACCGCCCAUGCUAACAAUCUUGAGAAGAAACAACGUGGAUUCGAUAAGACCAUCAGCGAAUGGCAACACAAAUCCAACGACCUCCAGGCUGAAUUGGAGAACGCACAGAAGGAAGCCCGUGGCUAUUCUGCAGAGUUAUUCCGCGUGAGAGCACAAUGUGAAGAGGUUGGCGACACAGUGGAGUCUUUGAGGAGGGAGAACAAGAAUCUCGCUGACGAGAUCCACGAUUUGACUGACCAACUUGGUGAGGGUGGCCGCAACACCCAUGAGAUUGAAAAGGCCCGCAAACGUCUUGCCCUUGAGAAGGAAGAACUCCAAGCUGCACUUGAAGAGGCUGAAGCUGCACUCGAACAAGAGGAAGCCAAGGUCAUGCGUUCUACUCUUGAAAUCUCUCAAAUCCGCCAGGAGAUUGACAGAAGAUUGCAAGAGAAAGAAGAGGAAUUCGACAACACAAGACGUAACCACCAACGUGCUAUGGAAUCCAUGCAGGCCAGUCUUGAAGCUGAAUCCAAAGGCAAAGCUGAGGCCAUGCGCAUUAAGAAAAAAUUGGAACAAGACAUCAAUGAACUCGAAAUCGCUCUUGAUGGCUCCAACAGAGGCAAAGCUGAACUCGAGAAGAACCUCAAGAAAUACCAAGCACAAAUCAGGGUAUGUAUGCAAUUACAUUUGUGAUAAUGAUGAUGAUUAUCAUCAUCACCAUCCACAGAACAUAUCAGAGCAUGAAAGUGUAGUUUUUAUAUUGCAGUGGCUUCCACUGAAUGUAACCAGUUUCAUUCUCACUUUCACUCUCUCUCUCUCUCUCUCACUCAGGCUGAACGUGCUCGCAAAGCUGCUGAAAAUGAAUUGGCCGAUGCCAGCGACCGUGUCAAUGAACUCCAGGCUCAGCUCUCCACAUCCAACAGCCAGAAGAGGAAACUGGAAGGUGACAUCACUGCCAUGCAGACUGACCUUGAUGAACUCAACCAUGAACUCAAGAGUGCCGAUGAGCGUGCCAAACACGCCAUGGCUGAUGCUACCCGUCUCGCUGAUGAACUCAGACAAGAACAAGACCAUGCCCUUUCCGUCGAGAAGGUCCGCAAGAGCUUAGAAUCUCAAGUCAAGGAAUUGCAGGUCCGCCUGGAUGAAUCUGAAGCUGCUGCCCUUAAGGGAGGCAAGAAGAUGAUCCAGAAACUCGAAAGCCGGGUUCGUGAAUUGGAAUCUGAGCUUGACAGUGAACAGCGCCGCCACGCCGAGACCCAGAAAUCUAUGCGCAAGGUUGACCGCCGCGUCAAGGAAUUAUCCUUCCAGCAGGAUGAAGAUAGGAAGAACCAUGAACGCAUGCAGGAACUCGUAGACAAACUCCAGAACAAGAUCAAGACCUACAAGAGACAGGUUGAAGAGGCUGAGGAGAUCGCUGCCGUUAACCUCGCCAAGUUCCGCAAAGUUCAACAAGAGCUUGAAGAUGCUGAAGAACGUGCUGACCAAGCAGAAAGCGCCGUGCAGAAACUCCGUGCUAAGAACCGUAGUUCCGUAUCUGCCGCUCGCGCUAGUCCUUUGUCUUUGACAAGCAGCUCCAGCAGUCACCAAGUCACAACUAUGCAAGGUCGUGGUCCCGGAUAUUCAGCAACUUUUAGUCGAUCUGUACAUAUGUCCAACGGUGGAGAAGAUGACCACUUCUAAACAAAAUCAUGACUACUACCACCACCAACAACAACAAAACCAACAUCAACAGCAAUAACACCCACCAGAACCAACGACAACAACAACAAAAUGAUAAACUUGCCAGAAGAAAACUAAAAAUCUAAGACAAAAGCAGAAGAGAAAACAUCUUGUGCAUAAAAAUAACCGGAAUUUUCCUUGCUCAAAAUAUUUGACUGCGACCUUGUGUGUGUUGUGGACUGUUUUUUUGGUUCCUUUUUUUUCGGGUGGAGUGAAGGGGUAGAAAAAAUGAAUAAAUAAAAUAAAAUAAAAUUUUUUAAAAAAAUAUUCAUGACAAAACAUCA